UAUCUAAAAUUGUGGUCAUGUCACUUGCUACUUUGGUGGAUACGUUUAACGAAUUGUUUGGCAAACAGGUUUUGAUGAUGUCGUUGUUUGUCAGUUCGGACGUAUUAAAUGCCUGCAUUUCAGUAUAUCUUGAUCUCUCUUUAGAGAUUAGUUCAACGAUUAUCUACUUAUGCUCGGUGUUGGUUAUGCUUUUUAUGGUGAUGCUUUGCUGCGAUCUCGUAGUUAACGAAUCAAAAAAAAUUCUCGUAACUUGUGUAAACUAUCAGGAAACGAUUCCCGUGAGUUCCGAAGAAUACUGUGAAUUAAAAAAGCUGUGCGAAAUACUCGAACUGAGGCCAAUAUCAUUUACCGCCGCAAAAUGCUUCGAAAUUAACAGGUCCACGGUCUUCUCGCUAAUGAGCCAGACUUUGAUCUAUUUUACUGCAAUUAUACAAUUUAUAGAACCAACGAACUAGAUAAAGGAAGAAGCCGACGACAAGUCAUUGUGAAGAAAACUAAUGAAGAAUGUAUUAGUAAAUAUUUCGGUAGAAUUUGUAAUAAGACUAAACUAUUAAUAUAUUUACGUUUAUGUUAUUUACGGUUAUGUUAUGUGCUUGUAUACCAUCUUAGGGUGCUGAGGAAACAGGUUAUGAAUCAAGCAAAACGUAGAAGUGCUAGUGUACACAGGAAUUUUUCUAAAGAGCUAUCAAAAAAUGCUAAACGUAAAACAUUUAUGGUUGGAAUAAUACAAAAAUAAUGGUGCUCGAAAAAA